AUGGCAAAACUUGCAAUGGUGAAGAAAGUGAAACAGAAUAGUUGCUUAAUUGAAGAAAUCCCGUCACCAAUCAUAUGGGAUAUUUUGUCAAGACUCCCAACUAAAGCAUGUUUGAUGUCUAAGCUUGUUUGCAAAGAUUGGUAUGCUAUCAUAACUGAUCCCGAGUUUGCUGAUUUCCGUCGUUCUCAUGGUUGCUAUACUACUGUAUUGCUUCGUGAUAAAUUCCGUUACGUUAGGCGAGAAAUUCUGGUGCGAGAUUUUCUGCUGCUAGACUUAUACAACCACGGUAAGGUUGAUGACACGGGUAAUCUUGUUGUAAAUGCUGAUGAGAUGAUCAGGUUCAAGACCCAAUUUAUAAUUCCAAAUCAGCAGUGCUUAAAUCCUGUUAAUGAUUGCAACGGAGUGAUCUUUUUAAAGUCCUCAAAUUGGGGUCCUUAUGUUUUAUGCAAUUUGCUAACAGGGCAAUAUAUGAUAGUUAAGGAAGCGCGUAGAUGGUGUUGUUCUGUAAGUGGUGUGGGGUUGGGUUAUUGUCAUUUUUCGCAGCGAUUCAAAGUACUUCGAGUCCUGGAGUGUUAUCGUGGAGUAACGAGAAGUUAUGUAACGGAAAUACGAAUAAUUGGUACCAAGAAAUGGAGGACUAUUAGCAAUACUGAACUAGUGGAUGGUUUGUUUUGGCAUGGUGGAAUUUUCUUCAAGGAUUCACUUCACAUCCACUUUAUAAAAGAAAAGUGUAUAUUGUCAUUCCACUUUGGAUAUGAAAAAUUUGUGCGCAUUCCAUUACCCGGUGAAAUAAACCGCUGCAGUGGUUACUCCUCCCUUUGCAUUCUUGAUUCUUGCCUUUGUUUCAGUACUGUAUUCAAAGCUGAUCGUCGAUGUGAUAUUUGGGAAAUGAAAGACUACGAAGUUAAAGAUUCAUGGGUGAAGUUAUUUGUUGUAAAAUAUACGGAUAAUCCUCUAUCGUAUAGUCCUCUACUGCAAAUGGGUCGUUUGGAAGUAAUGGCUCUUAUAGCUCGUUGUGAUGGCAGCAGCUAUGGUCUUUCAGUCGUUCUUACAGAAUGUAAACGUAAAGUAGUUCUCAGAGUUCUUUCUUCCGGCUUCUUGGAAUUGAAUCCAAACUUUUCAAAGUUACAAAAAUUCUGCCAGAAGUGA